CAAUCGACGCUAUUCCGCGCUGGUUUGAAGGAGUACAGCUCAAUUGGGCUGAGAACAUUUUGUGGUCUCGUGGGGCCCGCGACCCUUCGGACCACCACGGGAAGUCAGGAAAAGAAGACAAUAAGAUCGCCCUGACCGCAGUGCGGGAGGGUGUCUCCGAAAUCAGGAACGUCACCUGGGCGACGCUCCGAAAACUCGUCGCCCUCUACGCCUCGGCGCUAUACGGUCACGGCGUUAGAAAGGGAGAUCGAAUAGUUGUCAUUGGCGCCAACGGCAUUGAGACUCUCGUCAUAUUCACUGCCGCCGCCUGGCUAGGCGCCCUCUUCAACAGCAGCUCGACGGAUAUGGGCGUCCAGGGAAUGCUGCAGCGGGCGGUUCAAAUUAACCCCAAGGUAGGCACGGCAAAACUCCCCUGUAGUACAUCUCAACGUACUGCUCGUUGACUGGAACCAGUAUAUAUUUAUGGACGAUGCUUGUCUUUACAAUGGCAAGCGGCUUGACCUGCGCCCCAAGAUGGCCGAUAUCGUCGCGGGUAUGGCGGACUGUGAUCAGUUUUCCGGCAUAGUAUCCAUUCGUCGCUUCCAGGCCGCCUUAGAUAUAAGCAAGAUUCCCAAGUCACAGACUCUGGAUAAAUUUUUGGAAAUGGGCAAUGCGACAUUCCCCCCGCCAAUUGUUCGGAUCAGCUUCUACGACCCGCUCCUAAUCUCUCACUCCUCGGGUACCACUGGCAUUCCUAAAGCUAUAGUCCACUCGGUCGGGGGCGUGCUUCUGAGUUUCGUAAAGGAGACCCGCCUUCACGACGACGCCGGGCCUGACACCGUCUCGUUGCAAUAUACGACUACGGGAUGGAUCAUGUACCUAGUCAGCGUUGGCCAGCUGCUGAUAGGCUCACGUGUCGUUCUGUAUGAUGGUUCGCCUUUCCAGCCAAACCCACAGACUUUCAUUAAGCUGGCGGGCGAUCAAAAGGUGACGAAUUUGGGAAUUAGCCCCCGUUGGAUUUACGAGAUUUCUCGGGCUGGUCUCUCCCCUCGACAGAUCACCGACUUGUCGAGUCUGCGAAUAGUAACGAGCACGGGAAUGGUGCUUUCGGAGCAGCAAUUCGAGUGGUUUUACGACACCGGAUUCCCCCCCCACGUCCGUCUCAAUAACAUAUCUGGGGGAACCGACAUUGCUGGAUGUUUUGGCGUUGGCAAUCCGCUGAGCCCUGUAUACGUAGGUGGGACGCAAGGCCCUUCUCUAGGGGUUAAGGUAGCGAUAUACGAUUCGCUAUCGCCCCCCGGGCCUGGGCGUGAGGUCCCAGACGGUACGCCCGGGGAGCUUGUGGCCACGGCCUCAUUCCCUAACGUACCCGUAUUUCUCUGGGGGGACAAGACCCCAGCAGGUGCCCCCGGAUCGAAGUACCAUUCCGCGUACUUCGCAAGGUACGACCACGUAUGGGCGCAUGGGGAUUUCUGCGUCAUUCACCCUGUUACCAAGAAUCUCACGUUCCUGGGGAGGGCCGACGGCGUCCUGAACCCCAGUGGGGUCCGAUUCGGCUCGGCGGAAAUCUACUCGGUGCUCGAGAGGAACUUCGCGGAUCGCGUGGCCGACUCGAUCUGCGUCGGACAACGGCGGCCCCAGGACAACGACGAGAGUGUGGUGCUAUUCUUACUAAUGCAGCCGGGCCACAAGUUCGACAGGAAGCUCGUCAACGAGGUUAAAGGAGCCAUCGAGAACGAGUUAACAAAGAGACAUGUGCCUAAAUACGUGUUUGAGACCCCUGAGAUACCGACGACGAUCAAUCUUAAGAAAGUCGAGCUUCCGGUCAAGCAGAUUAUUUCUGGUCAGAUAGUCAAGCCAAGCAGCACGCUGCUCAACCCGGAGAGCCUAGACUUUUACUACCAAUUCGCCAAGAUCGAAGAAGUAGUUGGACCCAAGGGGAAGUUAUAGUAAGGCUUACGAUUGCUCGUGGGUCAGUUCUCCCCAGUGGCCUUAUAUAGAGGAGCUAGUUGGAGUAUUCAUUUCUCAUGGUCGGAUUUUAUCUUGGGGCGGAGAUCAAUAGAGA